AUGGUGGUGGUGGUGAUGCCAUACCAAUCAAUUCCAAGUGCAGCACGGAUCCUGAAUAUUGGACUGUUGAUGGUGAAAGAUAUACCAACGUUAGAAACUGCUGUAGGCUAUAGGACAACGGCAUCAGCGGUUUUAAUUGCAAGAGACAAAAUAAUUAACGAAACGCUUCUUCCUGGAUAUGAUUUCAACUUUACCGUCUUGUUCGACCAAUGCGAAGAAAAAACGGCAGCUGGGCUCACGGUUGAAUUCAUCCGUGAUCUGAAUAUUGACGCUAUUAUAGGGCCCACAUGCAGUAACCGAGUAAUCAAUCCAACAACAGCGGAAGUGCGGCGGACAUUAAAGGCAUCACCCCACGAAUCUGGAGUGGCACGGAUUUCUGGUGGAGUAUUCGCAUACGGGAUGAGGGUGUUCUCAAGGACAGAUGAUGUGACGCUCGCCUACGUUUCGGAGCUGAUGAGCAUGACGGAAACGGAUGUGAUACGAACGCUAAACAAUGCCAGCACACGUGCAAGAAUUAUUGUCAUCUGCUUGAACGAAGAAAACGAUCUGAAAAGAUCGUUUAUGCUAGCAGCGAAGGAUGGAGGGUUCCUAACCUCAGAGUACGUGUUCAUUUUUGCCGACACAAAAUCUAAAGGAUACACAAUACUAAUCGAGGGGGGCAAGCAGAGACGUAUUUGGGAAGACACUAUGAAUACAAACGACGGAAGGGAUGAUGAAGCAAAGAUAGCAUUUCAGCAUACUUUAGUUAUUUCCGAACAUAUGGGAGCUGGAGAUGUUUUCGACAAGGAAGAUGAAGCGUUUGGUAGCCUCGUCAUCUCACGAAUGAAGGAUCCUCCAUUUAACUGCACUGAUGAGUGCAAAGGAGAACAAUAUUCGAUUGCAAGCGCAUAUGCCGGUCAACUCCACGACGCAUUCUACGCUUACGCACGGGCCCUCAACUCAACACUAAAGCAAAAUAGAUCGUCGUAUCGAGAUGGAACUCAAAUCCUUCGCAAUAUUGUAAUGGAAUUCCAAGGAGUUUCGGGUAAAAUUGCAAUGGGAAAAAAUGGUACACGCAAACCUGUCUUCUACCUGGAUGGCUUGGAUAAGAGUAGAGAACAAGUACUACAUGGCACAAUUGAUGUAGAUGGUUAUUAUGGGUUAUUCCAACUCACAAAUGGAGCCGAAAUUUGGUGGUCAUGGGGAGGAGGACCACCACUCGAUGAACCUAUCUGUGGAUUCACUGGGAAACAGUGCCCCGAAAAUAUUCUUGCCAAAUAUCUUGCAUGGUUCAUUGUCGCGGCAUUUAUCUUGUUUUGUGGAAUAAUCGCUGGUUUUCUCGGGAUAUGCUACUCCAUCCAGGCAAGAAGGAAAGAGACUGAACGUUUAAACCAAAUGUGGCAAAUACCAUUUUGUUCCCUAGAAAGUGUUAGUAAAAAAAAAGACAACGUUGCGGCCAGGAAACAUGAAGUCAGGGUAAGAAUGGAGUCUCAGGAUUGCUACGAGAUGAGAAAGAUGCGAGAAGUCGAGAACGACAACCUGAACCGAUUUAUUGGACUGUGCUUGGACGGUCCUCAGCUGAUGUCAAUAUGGAAGUUUUGUUCUCGCGGUAGUCUCGACGAUGUUAUUACGAAAGGAUCUAUGACAAUGGACAAUUUCUUUAUGUUUUCGUUGCUUCGCGACAUUUCUAAUGGUUUGUCCUACAUCCAUAACUCAUUUCUACAGUACCACGGUUCUUUAACGUCCCAAUGUUGUUUGAUUGACGAUCGAUGGCAAAUUAAAAUGUCGAACUAUGGGUUGCGAAAAAUAGGCGCCCUUGAUACCCGCACUCCUAAAGACCUACUUUGGACGGCACCGGAGCUUCUCCGUAAAAGCGAUCGGUCUGGCACUCAGGAGGGAGAUAUUUACAGCUUCGGAAUAAUAUGUGCACAAGUCAUCACUAGAACUUCGCCGUGGGACCUCAGCAAUAGAAAAGAAGAUGCUGAAGAAAUCUUGUACAUGGUGAAGAAAGGAGGACACAUGCCAGCAAGACCUGAGUUAAACGUCGAUACUGACCUCGAUGUUAACCCUGCUUUACUUCAUCUCAUACGCGAUUGUUGGGCAGAACGAGCCUCCGAAAGGCCCACCACGUCAAUGAUCAGAUCGCUCAUGAAAGGAAUGAAUUCAAACAGGAACGACAAUCUCAUGGAUCAUGUGUUUAAUAUGCUUGAGACGUACGCUUCCAAUCUGGAAUCUGAGGUUGAAGAUAGGACCAAGGAAUUGAAGGAAGAGAAAAAGAAAAGUGACCUACUGCUCUACAGGAUGCUACCGAAACAAGUUGCUGACAAACUAAAGCUUGGUCAGUCAGUGGAACCUGAGACCUUCGACAGUGUUACCGUAUUCUUCUCAGAUGUGGUGUCUUUCACUACACUUGCCGGAAGGGGUACUCCAUUACAAGUUGAAACUAUCGGUGAUGGUUAUCUGUGCGUUAGUGGUUUACCGCACAGAAACGGUCGAGAGCACAUCAAAGCGAUAUGUAAUAUGUCACUUGGUUUCAUGAAAAGUCUCGAAGGCUUUCGAAUACCACAUUUGCCGCAUGAGCGGGUCAAUUUGAGAAUAGGAGCUCAUACAGGUUCCGUUGUUGCUGGAGUUGUUGGUUUAACAAUGCCGAGAUAUUGUUUAUUUGGUGAUACUGUAAAUACUGCGAGCCGAAUGGAAAGCAAUGGAAAACCAGGAAUGAUUCAUUUGUCCGCGGAAGCAAAUUAUUUGCUGCACGUCGUCGGAGGAUUUCAAACAGAGCUUAGAGGAGAGGUUAUAAUCAAGGGCAAAGGGGUGAUGGAAACCUAUUGGCUACUCGGUGCUGCAAACGGAGUUCAUCGACCACCAAUCCAAGAACCGAUUAUUACCAGCAGUACAGAACCUGCAGAAAUGGACGAAGAAGAUCGAAAUAUAACAACAGACUAUGGGGGAAUUUAUUCAGAGUUCAGGAAAAAAGCAGACGGAUUCUAA